AUGCACAAACCACGGCUGGGGACCUGCUCAUACCUUACAGACGCUAUGAAGCUGACCCAGUCAGAGCAGGCUCAGCUAUCACUGGAAUUACAAAGGGAUAGUCACAUGAAACAGUUACUGCUCAUCCAGGAGAGGUGGAAAAGGGCAAAGAGGGAGGAGAAGCUGAAAGCCCAGCAGAAUGCUGACAAGGAAAUAGCUGCACAUCUUCAGGCUUCUUAUAAGCCAUCUGCUGAAGACUCUGAUGAUCAAAACGUAUUGGUUCCUGUUACUCAGAAAUACAGCCCUUCCACAGAGAAACAUCCACAGGAUAUUCAGGGUGUCUUUGACAGGGACCCAGAUACGCUAUUAUUUCUGCUUCAGAAAAAAAAGGAGCCGGUGGAAGCGUGUAUUGGGAGUAAAGCUCCAAAAGACGACAAAACAGUAAUAGAAGAGCAGGCAACCAAAAUUGCAGAUUUGAAACGGCACAUAGAAUUUCUUGUAGCCGAGAAUGAGAGAUUAAGGAGAGAGAAUAAACAGUUGAAAGCAGAAAGAGCUAGACUCCAAAAGUCUCCAGUAGACAAGGAGUUGGAUGUAGAUGCUGACUUUGUCGAGAAGUCAGAGUUGUGGGGUCUGCAGCAACACUCAGAAGCCACUUCUUCAGCUGCAACUUGGCAGAAGUUUGCAACAACCACUGGGAAGGCAAAGGACAUUCCAAUACCGAACCUCCCCCCCCUGGACAUCCCGUCCCCUGAACUGCCUCUGCUGGAACUCUCCGAAGAUAUACUGAAAGGACUGAUGAAUAGUUAAAAACAAGGAAAAGUGCUCAAUGUAGUUACCCAAACUUAAGAAAAGGGAAAACCACCAGGACAAUGGUGAUCUGAAGGCAGAUAUAUCUAACACAAUCCUACUGUUGGAGAAAAGGCAUUAAAGCAACUUUGUUACUGUGAAAUACACAUCAUAUUCUACUUCAUAGAAGUUAAAGGUACCAUAAUUGGUAUAAGAUGGCAAGCUCUUUAGUCUUUCUCCCAGUGUUUCAAACCAAAUGACUGCCUGGAGAAUGUUUCAAGUAACACAAUCCUUCAGGGUUUUAAAGUAUGCUAUAUGUAAUAGUUACCUAUAAUGCCGUAAAUGAUGGUGCAGAACCUAACUGUUACGGUUGCCAGUUGGCCGCCACUUCAUAAUGAAAGAUGCUUUCUAGCAUGAAUUUAAACUGUGCAUUUCAUUAUGCAUAACUUUGUUAACUCAGAUACAGUGCAAUUUAUACACCUCCUAGAUGGAUUUAUGUGCCACGCUCUAUACUCCUGACGAUGUUAACCUCAAGUCAGGAGAGAUGUUAAUUUCCAUUCUAUGAAGGAACUAACUUAUUAGUUCUGUUGACGAGGUUUUUUUUUUGGAUUAUCUGUUUACAUAAUUAAUCAGGGUGCGUCGAAUCUAGCUAUUGGUUUCUGUAUAAAGUGACAUUGUUUAAAAAAGAAAAAUCUAUACUUAAAGAAAAAUACCCUUUUUGUUUUCAGUGAUGCAUGAAUGGAAGUAAUUCUAGCUGGCAGUAUUUGAUCAAAAUAGAAAUUGUUUACAGCUUAACCUGAUUCAAAAAGGAUAUGAAAAUAAAAAACAAAGUGUUU